AUCGCCGAGGUGCAGUGUCGGAAGGCAGUGAGUGAGUGAGUGAGUGAGUGAUGCGGGAGAUGUGUUCGAAAAGCACGCUGGGUUUGAAAAUUCACAACAGUUGCAGCGAUGGCGAUCGUUGUCAAGGUACUGGCGCUCGUUUUGCUGCUACGGAGCGCCGUCUCGCUCGCUGCGGUGCAGCUCGACGAUUUAGAGGAAUCUCCUGACUUGGGCAAAGUUGUGGAGCUCACGGACGCGUCAAUUGAGGCCGCUCUUAACAGACACGAGUACAUUUUGAUCGACUUCUAUGCUCCAUGGUGCAAGCAUUGCCAAAGCCUGUCUCCUCAGUUGGAUCAAGCAGCUCCCUUUCUGGCAGAUGGUGAGCCGUCGAUCGUGGUGGCCAAGCUUAACGCUGACAAAUACCGGACCAUGGCUGAAAAAUACGAUAUAAGUUUCUACCCGACGCUGAAGUUUUUCGCCAACGGAUAUCCUACAGAUUACGACGGUCCCCACAGUGCCAAUGCCUUGGUCUCACAUGUCAGGCGUUUAACAGCUCCUGCCAUCGAGGUGUACACAUCCGAGUCUCGCUUCCGAGACUUCCUGAAAACACAUGGAUCCGAGUUGCCUAUCUUUGUAGGGUUCGGCUUAGAAGCAUCCGCAUUGGAGAAGCUGGCCCACAAGCAUAGAAAUAAGGGGUGGUUUAUUGUGUUGGGAGAGUACUCUGAGAAGGCUCAUGAGGACUUCAAGUUUGACGAAAGGCAUGCACUGGUGGUGUUACGUGGAGAAGAUGAAGUGCAAGAUGUGUACUAUGGACCUUUUGAAGGCCCGGAUCUGGUCAACUUUGUAAAGCGGAAUUUGCCGCCAUUGGUGACACCCUUAAACAUCGAUAGCUUGAAGUUCCUGACGGAAGAUGGUCGGCCGAUCGUCGUAGGUGUCCUGGAAAAUAAUUCCACAGCCGAGGCUGAUGCGUUCAUCAAGAGUAUGAAGGCAGCUGCACAGGCCAACAGGGAUUUCGUCUUUGCAAGUAUAGUUGCCUCGCAAUGGCCGAAAUUCUUGCGUCCAUUUGCUCUAGGCAGGAAGCCUGUGCUGCCCGCCGUGAUCAUCUGGGACAGUAAACAGUACGCCAAAAGUGACAAAACGGUUGAUUUUGGAGACCAAAUGGAGUCUAAGGUGGCAGACCUGCUGCAAAGGUUCCGAGAGAAGACAAUCACGCUACUGGAGGUGAAGGGUCCCACAUUGUAUGAGAAGGCUACGGAGAAUACCACUCAGAUGUUGCAGGCCCUGAUUCUGUUGUUUGCAUUGUUUUUUCAAUGGAUUAGGAAGAACAGGGAAGCGGCCGCUAAUCUUCGUCGGGAGGCUCCAGAAAGUGAAGAGCCUAGAAGUGACCAACCAAGGGCAUCAGAGCCAAGCGGGGUUGAUGAGAUUAAUGCUGAUUCCAACAAGGAAGAUUGAGUUAGAGGACAGGAUGUUAAGGUACAGAGUAGCUUCAGAUAAGGUUGCGAGGAGAGAUUUUGAAGCAGAAGCUUAGGAACAUAUGAUUUUAGUAGGUUGUUGCUCCUUCCCAAGCCACAGGUCUAAAGCAAUUAUCAGGAAGCUUGGCGACCUCAGCGCAUAUUUUAGAAUUUGAAGGUUUCAUUUUGUAGAGGACAUGAGCAAUAACGAGGUGUUUGUGAUGCUCAUACGUAUUGAUGAUUUUAUGAAGAGUAUGGUAAUUAAUGGUCCAUCCCCACUUGAUGGCCAAAUCUAGAA